GCUUGCGUGACUCUGAGUGACAACGUCGAUCGGCUUUCACCUGUGUUUUGCAAUUAUCGAAGUAAUUGAAAUGUCGAUGACUAAGAGUUUUAUACCUAAAACUAUAAAUCAUGAUCUGCAGAAAGAGCGCUUAGCUUCCACUUUUGAUGUGGAGGAGUUUGCUGCUUGGUGGCAGGGCGGCGAGCAAAAAUUGAAAACCAAACGCGAAAUAGAGCGCGCUCUGUUCGCCGAUCUGGAUGAUGGCUAUGGCAUUAACCAUGAGUACAUGUCCCACGAGGAUCUCUACAAUUCCGCUGUGAAAAAGGUUGCUGAGGCGACACCCAAGCUGAAGGCGCUGCAACAGAAAAUGAACCCUGGUGGCAAGGACAUUUGGCCUGGCGGCCUGCUCUCAGUGCAUGCUCAUGGCCUGUUUCCCGAGAACCAUCCGCUUGCCACGCACAUUUCCAUGUUUGUGGACGUGGUCAAGGGUCAGGGCACUCCCGAGCAGGUGGAGAAGUGGGGCAAGCUGGCCGAGAACUGCAACAUAAUUGGCACCUAUGCACAGACCGAACUGGCCCACGGCACCAAUGUGCGAGGCAUCGAAACGCGCGCCGACUACGACAUUAGAGCUGGUGAAUUUGUCCUCAACACGCCCAACCUGGAAGCCUACAAAUGGUGGCCCGGCGGCAUGGGUCACACGGCCAACCAUGCAAUGGUCGUCGCCCAGCUCUACAUCUCCGGCAAGCACAAGGGCAUCCAAAUGUUUAUUGUGCCGCUGCGUGAUGCGGACACGCAUAUGCCGCUGCCGGGCGUAGAUGUUGGCGAGGUUGGCAAGAAACUGGGCAUGGCCGCUGUCAAUCUGGGCUUUCUUGGCCUGAAGAACGUUCGCAUUCCACGCACCAACAUGCUGAUGAAGUAUGCCAAAGUGGAUCGUGAUGGCACAUUCACCGCCAGUCCAGCCUCGAGGGUCAACUAUCUGACCAUGGUCUACACACGUUGCCUGAUUGUCAAUUUGAAUUCGACGCUGCUGCUGCAGGCAGCCACAAUUGCCACACGCUACUCCGCAGUGCGUCGCCAGAGUCCCAUUGAACCCAAUGAGCCGGAGCCGCAGAUCAUUGAUCAUGUGACGCAGCGCUUGAAGCUGUUCCCGGAGAUCGCCACUGGAAUGGCCUAUCAUUUGGCAGCCGAGCACAUGUGGGAGCUGUACAAUCAGACCGUUCUGGAUGCCAAUAAUGGUAAAUUUGAUCGGUUGCCCGACAUGCAUAUCCUGUCUUGUGCCUUGAAGGUCCUCUGCACCACUGAUGGCUGUGCGGGCAUUGAACGACUGCGUCUCUCCACCGGCGGACAUGGCUAUCACAUUGCCGCCAAUCUGAGCAACAUCUACGGCAAUGCAGUCGCCGCCUACACCUACGAGGGUGAGAAUACGGUUCUCCUGCUCCAGAUUGGACGCGCCCUGGUCAAAGCCUGGGCCAGCUACAAGCAGGCUGAAACGCCCUCCUCUUCGUAUGCCUAUUUUGAGACUUCGAUGCGCCUCAAGGAGUUCCCCAAGUGGGACAACUCCUGGCAGUGCAUUGUCAGGGCGUUGCAGUACACGGCUGCCCACAAGACCCGCAUUGCCUUUGAGAAUUUGUCGCAGCGCAUUGCUGCUGGCCAGUCCCAAGCUGUGGCAGCCAACAACACGGGCAUUGAGCUAACGCGGGCCGCCGAGCUGCAUGGUCGCCAAUUUGUGUGCCAAACGUUCGUGGAGCAAAUCACUGGGCCCAAAGCACAACAGCGUUCGGCGGCUUUGAACAGCGCCUUGGAAAAUGUGGUGGAACUGUUCUUGGUGCAGACGGUGCUCAAUAAUUUGAGUGACAUCUUGAGAUUCAUCAAUCUGACCGAUGCUGAUCUCAGAUCUCUGCAGCAACGCUUGGAGCUGUCCCUGGAGAAAUUCCGUCCAAAUGCUGUCGCCAUCUGUGAUGGCUUCGAUUUCCACGAUCGUGUUCUCAACUCAGUGCUGGGCAGCUACGAUGGCAAUGUCUAUCCACGACUAUUCGAUGCGGCCAAGCGCAGCACGAUGAACCAGCGACCAGUGCAGAAGUCAUUUGAAACCUAUCUGAAGCCGCUGAUGAAGGCUAGUUUGUAAGGUGUGCAAUAUUAAAAUUUUUGUAUACGAAACUGUAAAGUCUUUUUACCAUUAUUAUGCAUUGGAACCUGUACUUAAUCAAAGUAAUAAAAAAGAGCAUUUUUUUCUGUAUAUUAGA